UUGACAUCUUCUUUUCUUCCGCCUUGAUCAAAACUGCCUGAUUCCUCUGUCUGCUACUCUCGUCAUACCCUUCGUACUUUCUUCAUCCUCGGACCACCUCCGCUUUGUCGCUCUCCGAUACCCGUUUUCCCCAGAUUCACCGUGUCCGUGGCGUCUCAUAUUGUUGCCUCCCCCCCUCUCAAUCCAGCCACGCCACAGGCCAUCGACCAACACGUUGCUUUCUUGGCUUGCUUGCGGCGCCCCCGCCCGCUCGUCGAUCCACGGGCAUGAAUGUCUGCUUCAUCAGUGACAACCGCUCGCAACUUCUCCCGAAACCACCGUCACCGCCCCAUCUUGGCCGCCCGUGGACAAGAUAACCGCCAGCCGGGGCCUGAGAGGACGAUGGAUGACGUCGUGGAGCUCGUCCUGACGCCUUUCAAGGACGUCGUGGAAAAGGGCAGACUUGCCGCGCACAAUGCGGGCGACUCGCAACCCAUGCUCAAGGCCGCCCUUGCGCUUGUCAAGGAGGGAGAGCGAGCUCUGAAGCGCAUAGAGCCUUUGUGCAAGAAGCACCUCGACGAGUACGGAACAGGCUUCGUCGAUGCGCUCAAAGAAAAUGACGCCCUAGGCAACUACCGCACGGAGCUAACAGACCUGCUCUGGGAGUUCGAUGACUACGUCGAGGCCGACAACUUCGAUGGCGACAAAUACGCGGAGCUACAGGGGGUUUCCCGCAAGGUCGCCCCUAGAGUAUACGACAUCCUCAUGCGAAUGAAGCUCGAAGCUCCCGCGCAGGGCACAGCAAAUCUCUUCAUGUCGCAACUGUCGCCUCCUUCGUCGCCUCAUUCCAUGCACCCAAACUCGCUUCUUAACACUCCACGAGACAUGUAUAGACCCGUCAUCAUGUCGCCCCCUAACAGGGACUCGUUCAGCAGCUCCCAGACGGGCUCUCUUCCGGACAUUACUACGGUAGAAGAUGCAAACAAUCAGCUUCAGUGGUUAAUGAGCAAUCAAGCCGCGCGCAGUCGCGAGGGCUCCAUGGACGCGCUCGGUCUCAGACGAUCGCCGGCCCCGGCAGAGCAGCCACCAAAUCCACCAUCGGCGAAUCCGUGGGAUCCUCGCAUCACGACGCUCUCCGACGAUGGUCGAUCCGAGUACAGCCCUGUUGAAAGGCGCCCGAUGCUCCUCAGACCCGAAUCACCUGUCGAUCCUGCCAUCUCCCCUUUAAGCCCCGCCCGAGACCACGGCAACGUCCCGCGUAAGGGAUCGAAUGCCAGCGAUUAUGAGUCCGACGACCGACGACAGUCCUCGAGUAGCAGUGCUUACUCGUCAGGUUCCUUCUUCGGGCACUCCCACAGAGCAAGAUCCUCAAACAUCACCAUGCCCAUCCCGGAGGAGGAGCUAGUUGAACACUCCGUCAAGCCCCUGCCUCAAGUGCCUUUGGCUCGCUAUUCUCCGAUGCCUCCGCCAUCCCACCCCCAAAUACCGCGCAAGAUGUCUGCCGAGUCUCGCAGCUCCGCCGGCGCCCCUCGCCAUCAGCUCAUUGUUGUCAACAGUGCUCCCGCCGCCAGCACGCCGCCGCCAGUACCACCCAUUCCCGAGAAUUACGUCACGCAGUUUGAACAACCUCGCAGUCCCUAUUCUCCUAGUAAUGCUACGCCAGAAGCCCAGGUCGCCUCGCCAGUCGCGCCAGUCGCGCCCAUCGCGAUAACCGGACAUUUCGACAAUGGCCUCAUUCCGGUUGAGACCCAGAGUACGAGCCGGUCGUCAGGCACGUACACACCGGGGCACGACUGCACCAUUGGAGCGUCUGCGUCAUUUUAUCACCAUAAAGGGUUUUGCGAAGGCGCCAAAGAGGUCAUCAGGGGCGACGUCGGGGUCAAGAAGGCCCAGAAGCCGGUGAGGCGGACGCUAUCGAGGGUCGUGGCGAGAUGCACUGGUUGUUUGUAUGAGCUUGACUUUGCGCAAGUCGAGAUCGAUGUGAACAUGCAAGACGAGGGAAACUUUAGCAAAUGUGACGUUGGUUAUCGUCUCCGCUUCUUACAGAAGAGCCAUUUGCCCGCAAAGAGAGUCGACGACGUCUUGUACGCCUGUCUAUUUUGCAUUCACGAAGGUCGCACACUGGACGAGAGCGAUGCAACCGUCUUCUUCACCACUCGUGCUCUCUUCAGCCAUCUGGCCCGCCACCCCCGGCCACUACCCGUCGUCCCGGGUGUCACCGUUGUGGAAACGCCCGACAUACCACCACAACUGCGGAACAAUUACGACCUUCACUUUUCCAAACCUCCUGCACCGCAUCCAGCCAAGGGGCACGCAGCAGAACUAUCGGGGCUUCCUACGGGAGUUGCCAAGGAGCAGGCGCGGAGGAUUUAUGGGCAGAGGCUUCUAUACGACCGCACCGAGGCUCUGGAACUCGCUCAGGGUGCCCGCAUCAGUGGUAUCAAAUGGCCGCCCAAGUAUAACGGCGAGUGGAUUUUUGCAUGGCAUGACGGCGUUUUUGCCUCAGUCCCAACAGACGUCAUCAAGCUCGACAGACCGUUGUCCUCCGAGAUCAAAAUGGGGGGAACGAGCCACGUCAAGGCGAGAGCAAAGUGGAAGUUUGCACCCAAGGACAAGGAAAAGGGAGACUGGCUCAAGUUCGACAAGAACGAAGUCAUUACUAACAUCGGCUGUAAGAAUCGAACUGUCGGCUGGCUAAGGAUGAAGCAUCUUAUUAACAUUAAUUAGGGUCGCACUCCGACCACUGGUGUUGGUCCGGCACGAACGCCAAGGGCAAAUGGGGCAUCUUUCCCCAGGCUUUCAUCGAUCACCAGACAGUGUCACAAGAGCAGGCGACGGACCGUUCGUCUGACCGCGCGAGCUUACUGUCUCAUGAGAGGCCAAGAACCGCCGGCAUAUUGUCCAAGUUCUCGGCUCGGAGACCUUCGAGCUGAGCAAAUGGUCGAUGAGCGCGAACGGGCACUGGCCGUUGGACAGAGUCGCAUCGAAGGCUCUACUGGCGCGACGUGAGUGACCACUUCUGGUCACCGGGGAAGAGUACGGCACGCGCCUCUCGCCUUGCGCCUGCAGAUGCGCCGAUAGGGUCGCCGAAGGUGCAGUGCAAGUAGUAGCGCACUGCUUGUAGAGUACAUGGCCCGGGGUGAGAGGCAACGAGUGAUGACGGAGAAAAUAGCUGGCGUUUGGAGUGUGUGGUGUGGUUGUUACGACUUGUGUUGUGUUGGACUGAUACCCUAUACCUCUUCCCAUUCUUGCAACUUGGUGUGGUCGCAGUUGUUUGUCUAUAGACGCAUGCUCAGGGUGCGUGCAUGUGCAGUGCACGUGCUCCGCAACAGGUGACGGACACGCGAUAGCUUUUCUGGCGCGUUGCUGCAUGACAGCUCGUGGGUAACUGAGCGGUCUUACCCCCACUGUACCUGUCUCUCUCGCCGUCAUCUGUGUAGUGC